CCUUCGAUAACCUUACUACAAAAUUUCACCUCUUUCGACAAGACACUUAAUUAGACAGAUACUCGUGUGAUAAUUUCAUUACAAACGUCACUCUUGUCGCCUAACUAACCUCUCUGCCGUUUUUCACGAAGCGUGUGCGUCAGUUGACACGAUACUUUCAAACUGGAAGGUGACGGUUGACCUAGCGAGACAUAUCGUGCGAUACAUAUCGCGCCGGCGUCUCUCGAAUAGACGUCGCUGGAAAAUUUAUCAAUACCGAAGCACCCCGACAGUGGCAGUCGCAUUGAAACUACGUGAUCGUGCGAAAAAACACCCUGAUCGUUCAAUCUUCUGAAGCUCAACCGGACGCUACGGAAAUAUGGCCACAGAAGGCGGUCUGGGACCGGAUGCAGCGGCUGCCGGAGCUGGUGAAGAUGGAAUCGUCGGUGGUCCCAGGACGCCCCAGCAAAUCGCAUCUCAGAAACGAUUGCAGCAGACGCAGGCUCAGGUCGAUGAGGUCGUCGACAUUAUGAAGACGAACGUCGAGAAGGUCUUGGAUCGUGAUCACAAGCUGUCUGAAUUGGACAACCGAGCUGACGCCCUGCAGCAGGGAGCGUCGCAAUUUGAACAGCAGGCAGGGAAGUUGAAGAGAAAGUUCUGGCUACAAAAUCUAAAGAUGAUGAUCAUCAUGGGCGUCAUUGGACUCAUCAUAGUGGCGGUCAUCGUUGCGAAAUUCAUGCCCGAAUCAGCACCGGUUCCGCAGGCGCCAGUCUAUCCUCCUUACUCACCACCAGCACAACCACCACAACCCGGAGCACCGGCGCCAGGAGCAGCACCAAGCGGACACGAGACAGCACCGGCUGCUCUGCUGAGCAACUUCGACGGGACUCACGGCGUCAUAUAAAAUUAAGAUAUAUCGUUGCCCAUCGGAGAGCCAAUUCUGGUGACGGAUGGUUCGUGGAUUUAAAGAGAAAAAUCGUUAUAUUAAAGAUAGAAAUUAUUUUACCAAAUCGAUUAAUUAAUUGCAAUAUUAGAGAAAAACAAAAUUAGGGGAGUAAUAGGAAAAUUGUUAUGCUAUUCGAGCCAACUUUUCAUUUGGAUUGAGAGGCGAUAUGAGUGGAUUCAAUUUUGGAAAAUUACAAAGUUAAGUAAACAUCGCGAAAGAUCUAAUAACGAUGGCGAUUCGUAGGGCGGCUGAAAUUCGAAUUAUCAAUCGAAGUUGCGGAAUCUCAAAAUUGUGAGAGUUACAGGGAGAAUGUAGAGCUAAGACGCAGGAUUAGUAAUGAAAUUAACAAUUUGAAGUUGCAACGUUGGUUCUCGUUUAAUUUAUCGCGGUUUUUCUCCCAGUUACUCGAUAUUAGCGCUAGUCUUUAUCCAAUUUGUUGAUCGAUUCAUCUAUUGAUCUAUUUUACCAUUGCUAUUAAUACUGUUACUAUCACUAUUACCGCUAUUGAAACAAGUACUACGACUACUACCAUUACUAUUAUUACUAUGACUAUAUUGAUAGGCCUACGAAAGAUGCUUUGAUGUAUUGAUAAAACGAAUCUAUCGGUAAUAACUGUAAGUCCUGUUGUGUCCUGAUCUUAACAUUUCAUUGAGAUUGUUAUCAGUUGAAGGACGUAUGGAAAUUAUUAUAAAUACACACAAACGAGGUACAACGACAGGCAAAAGGAAAGGAGGAACAUUAUGAAUAAAUACACACAUAUAUAUAUAUAUAUAUAUAUAUUGCAUAACGCGAAUAAAUAUAUUGAAUACACGUAUGUACAGCAUAUAUGGUUACUCCAUUUGAGUUACUGAACACUU